AUGGCCGACAAGUUCCAGGGGAGCCCAUCCCUGCGGGCUCUGCUGCAGUCGGCCGUCCCGCAGAGCAGCCGGACGGCUCUGCGGUCGUCGGUGCUGCCGGCCCUGCUGACGGCCGUGUCGGACAUCGCCGCGGCGCUGCGCACGUCGGGCCCCGUAGCGGCCGAGGGCACGUCCAACGACUUCGGCGACGAGCAGCUCAACGUGGACCUGUCGGCGGAGCGGGCGAUGCGGACGGCGCUGGCGCGCUGCCCGAGCGUGGCGACGGCCAGCAGCGAGGAGGACCCGGUGGAGACGUCGGUCAACCCGGACGGGGCCGAGCACGACGGCGACGCGACGGGCGAGCGGUACACGGUGGCCUUUGAUCCGCUGGACGGGUCGUCCAUCAUCGGGCCCAACUGGAGCGUCGGCGCCAUCGUGGGCGUGUGGGACGGCACGUCGGCCCUGGGCCGGGACCCGAGGACCGGCCAGGUCGCCGCCGUGCUGGGCGUCUUCGGCCCGCGCACCACGGCCGUCGUGGCCGUGCGCGUGCCCGGCUCGCCCUCGGACGCCCUCUGCCUCGAGCUGGGGCUCGACCGGGCCGGCCGCUGGGACGUGGUGCGCGACCGGGUCCGGCUGCAGCUCUCGCCGCCGUACCGGACGCGCUACUUCGCCCCCGCCAACCUCCGCGCCGCCGCCGACGACCCCGGCUACAUGUCCCUCGUGACCAGGUCCGUCGGCGAGAGGUACACCCUGCGCUACAGCGGCGGGCUCGUCCCCGACCUGGUGCACGCCCUCGUCAAGGGUCACGGCCUCUACGUCUCGCCCGUCACGCCCGCCAGCCCGCCGAAGCUGCGCAGGCUGUACGAGCUGUGUCCCGUCGCCCUGAUCGUCGAGUGCGCUGGGGGCGCCGCCGUCGACCCAGCCCUGGGGAGACCCGUCCUCGACGCUCCGCUCGCUCACACCGAUGAGCGUGGCGGGCUGGUCUGCGGGAACAGGGACGAGGUCGAUCGGGCCCUGCGCAUUCUCGCCUCCGACACCGCAUGA